AUGACCCAGAUUGAUUGGCGUUCCGGAUAUCAAAGCUUAGAGGACUGGGAUAGAGCGUCGGCAGACACACCAUAUGCCGCUGCAGUCUUCUCGAUUGGAUCUCAGGCAUCCUCAAAAACAGGUAUCUCGAGUGCCAGCGGGUUUUCUGCUGCUCAAAUAACGACCGCUACGGAGGAACUUCUCUUUCUCUUCCACCAUGACGAAAAGCUGGUAUUGCUCUAUGAGAACGCUAUGGAAAAGCCCGAGAUUGGGCCAGAGAGGUUACAACGUAACAUGUGUCGAAUCUUAAAAGUAUAUGCUAGAAACUUGUCACGAGAAGCGACAACAGAGCUCGAAAGAAUGGCUGCUCAGCUAGUAUCACUGAAGGCGCGAUAUCUUGCGCAAUCGAUCAUCGAAAAGUUCCAGCUCAAACCUGUUCCGCAUCAGGUCCUACACUACGAGAAUCAAGACGAAAGCUCCGAGGACGAUAACGCAAACCAAGUUGAUGAAGACUUGUUGGAAGACCUCCAAAAGUUCCGAAAUUUCCUGAUUGAGAGCGCGGCUUUUGCCUCACUCCAUGCACAGUUGCAGUCCUUUGUUGUUUCUACACCUGCUCGUCGCGAACUACUUGGAGUUAGUGGAUCAGUUGAUAUCAGUAGUCCUGACACAAGCACGGGGCACGAUAUUAAGAGAGCGACUAUAAACAAGACCACAUUUGUUGGAAAUGUUCAAGAGCUACUGAAUCCCUCUAAAUACCUUUUGCGCGCCGUUCUCGUUGCUACAGGGUAUUUGGAACCACCUCUGAGGGCAGGGUUCAUUCGACUGAGGUGGGAAUGCAGCUGCGGUGAUCGCUUCUUUGGAGAUGUGAUGCAAUAUGAGGAAGGCGGGAUUGCAAGACUGAAGGAACAUAUGCAACUCUCCACUGGUGCCAAAUUCUCGGAGGCUUCCGGCAAUCAACAUGGCUCUGGGCAGAGAUACAUAUUUCGUUAUCCUGGGUGGGCCCAGAAAACGAUCAAUGUGUUGUCAUCCAAUUUCACACGAUCUAACACACCGUCAAGCUGUUUGCCCCAACAUAAUGGUUCCAAUACAGCUUCAGCCUCUAGGUCCGGAAGUGGGCACUCUUCACAACAAGGUACACUCCACCUGGCGGUAUGCAUGCAGCGCAGCCAAGAUUGUAGGAUAGUGCAUCAAGAUCGCAUCGAGACGAUUACCACAGACAGAGAACUCUUCCGGUACAUGAAAACGCAGUUAGCCCGACGCCGCAGCCACAUCCGUACCCUGUUAUCCCUAAGGUGUGUCCAGGGGCUUUUCUUCGUCAAGUUCCGUCUACGGGUUUGUGGCCGCGUAGAAGUUCGGGACCAUGACCCCUGCUGCACUUUGUCACCAUUAAAGACCUGCGAAUGCAUACCACCAGCACCCAAGGUUGAACCGGCGCCUGAUGCGGAAUAUCGCUGUAAACCCGCUGGACCAUUAGCAACCUGGCCGCCCGUCCUCUCCCAAGAACUAAUGCAUAUGCUCGCCUCCCCAGACUGUAUACAUGAGAAGGAGACGUGGAUACUUGAUCAAUUGCCCAAACGAACAUGCGGGGAGUUACAAGGGAAGGUCGGACAGCCUGCUGAAGGGUGGGGAAUUCAUUAUAGAGAAGGUUGGGACAGUGACUCGAUUACUGGUACUAGAUUUGUAAUCUUUCUUUUAGCGAGCUUGCUCUUCGCUGUUCUUUGGUCUGCUUUCAAGAUGGAUGUACAAGGCGCUUUUGGAGUCAGUGCUUACAUGACUGCCGCAACUGGUAUCCUCAUCUCAUGGGUUGUAAGGCGGGCUAGUAAGUUCGAGUGA